UCGUGCCGCUGCUCCGGCUCUACCUGGCCGGCUUCAGGGUGCUCAUCUACCAGGUGUUCAACCGCUCCUUCACGCUGCCAGGUGCUCAGUAGGUGAAGGCAUCCGAGUGGAACGCUUCCCACAGGAACCGAUGGAGGGUCAAAGUUCAGGACCUUCUUGCUGUGUCCUCAAGCUGGUGGCUCACCCGCGGGCAAAGAGCAAAGUGUGGAAGUACUUUGGCUUUGACACGGAUGCCAACGGCUGCAUCUCGCACUGGAAGCGGAUUUACUGUCGCGUGUGCAUGAGUCAAAUCGCGUACUCCGGAAACACCUCCAACCUCUCGUACCACCUGGAGAAGAACCACCCGCUGGAGUUCGGUGAGUUCGUGAAGAGCAACACGGAUCAGAUGCGCGAGGCGUUCGUCACGGCGUUCUCCAGGAUAAAGGCGGAGCCUGUCGCCGCUCCGGUUCAGCUGCAGGCCCCGAGCCUCCGGCCUGAAAACCGGCGGCACGAUGAUCUCACACUGGCAGUCAUCAACUUCAUCUGUGAGGGGCUGUACCCGGUGUCCAUCGUCGAAGAGCCCACCUUCAAGAGCUUGAUGAGCGCCCUCGAUCCCGGCUACUCUCCACCCAGCAAAAGUGACGUGGCCGUUAACAUGCUCCCUCAGAUGUACUGCCGCACCCGGGACCUGGUCUUCAGUGAGCUCGCCGGGGUUGUGAACUGUGGCGUCACCACUGACCUCUGGCGAAGCCAAACUCAGAAUAGGACCUAUAUCUCACUCUCCAUGCAUUCAGUCAACUACAAUAGUACGUUUGGCUUCUCUAUGAUCGACAAGUGUCUGAAAACCUUUGAGGUGCAGGAGGACAACGCGGCCGAGAACAUCACCAGAUCGAUGUACGAGGCCUUCGUGGAGUGGGGGAUCACCCAUAAAGUCAGCGGGGCCACCACAAACGGCUCGGUCGACGUGGGCAAAGCGUGCUCGCUCCUCGAGCUGUCCGUGGAGAUGCCUUGCCUGGGACAUACCAUCAACCGGGCCGUCGAGGAGGCCUUCCAGCUGCCGCGGGUCGGCAGCUUUUUGGCAUGUUGCCGAAAGCUGGUGGACCAUUUCAAAGAGCCGACGCUGUAUCUGCUGAAGGAGAAGCAGAAGCAGCAUGGCCUCCCGCAGUGUGCACUCAUCACAGACAGGGCCGGGUCUUGGUUGGCCACGUUGGCGAUGUUACAACGACUGAAGGAGCAACAGAUUGCCAUCACCGCCACGCCGAGAGAGAGCAGUCACCAGUUCAGCUUCGAAGGCCCUCACUGGGCCUUGUUGGGCGGCUUGAUCGAAGUCCUCCAGCCUUUUAAAGUUGUGGCGAACAUGAUCACGUCUUGUCGGUACCCGACCAUCAGCAUGGUGAGGCCCGUGCUCCACAUGCUGCUCAACACCACCCUGAAGGUCAAGGAAGGGGAUCUCCAAGAGAUCUGCAUGACCAAAGAAGCCAUCCUAAAGGUGCUAUCCGGCACCUAUUCACAGAACACGCAGCUACCGCAAGACAUUUCGACGUUCCUCAACAUCGCCACCUUUCUGGAUCCUCGGUACAAGAAGUUGCCGUUCCUGUCCGCCGAGGAGCGCUCCAAAGUUGAGGGUAACGUCAUGGAUGAGGCCAAAGCGAUCCUUGAGAAGCAGGUUGCAGAGCAACCGGGCCUCGACGAGUUCUCCGUGGCAACCGACGAGCCACCGAGCAAAAGGCGAGCCCUUCCCAGAGACCCGGCCAGGAGUUCUACCCUCGACAACCCUCUGGCCGCCAUCUUCUGUCAGUCCGACACCGACCAGAGCCAGGAGGAGCUGCAUGCUCAGGUACUGGAGGAGCUGAGCAACUACAAGUCCCAACGAGUCCUCGGCCUGAAUGAAGACCCCUUACUCUGGUGGUCCAGCCACGUCCCCUUGUUCCCCACCCUGCUCAAGGUGCUCCAGAAGUUCUGGUGCGUCCCGGCCACCAGUGUCCCCAGCCACCGGCUGCUGAGCUCUUCUGGGUCGGCUCUGUGUGGGAAACGGAACCGCAUCGCCCCGGCUCUGGUGGACCAGCAGAUCUUCGUGUACGAGAACUCGAGAAGCUACUAUGAGCUCGAACCCUGUGAGGAGGAUUUGGAGAGACACUAGUCUGGACCUCCAGGGACUGUGUGCUUAAGAUUGUAAUAUGUAUCCAAUGGACGGUCAGGUGGUGGAGAGGACCGCCUCCAGACUAACGUGCACACACCUUCUUCAGGCUGCCUUUAGUGAUCUCAGACCUUCAGGGUUUUCAUACACAAGAUGUUUGAUUGACAGAUGGUUCACCUCAUCGGUCCCGCCCCUUUCUUACAGUUUCUAAUGAGGCUUCUCAGAAUGUUUCAAGUGUUUUUGCUGCUUAUGUCUCGUGGUAUGUGCUGCUGUGACAUUUCACACGGGGAAUCCGGGAACAUGAUUAAUUUGCGUGGAGAACCCGUGCGUGUACUCGCGCAUGCAGAAAGUACAGCUGCAGCUUCAGUUUAGUUCAUGGAUCUGUUGUAAACGUGUUAAUCAGUAAACUCUAGAGGUCGUUGAACUCUUCUCAUCGAAAACUGGAGGGAGUCAUUACAGCCUGUGCAUCACUUUAAAGCAUUAAACUGCUCCAGUUAUCACGUUUUCUCUUCACAGACGUUUCAUUUUUAUAUCAACAUCUGUACAUUAGAUUCUCAAACUCACCAGUACUAAAGAAAAAUGUUCUUUAAAAGAUUCAAGCUCAUUGAAUUGUCUUUUUUAUUAUUGUUUGUGUUGGAUUUUGUUCUUUUGCUUUGCAAAACACUGACAAAGAUUAUGAUGUAAAAGCAAACUAUGAAAGUAAAGAUUUUGUUUUCAAUAUUU